ACACACUCACCCUGUGCCUGCCUGUCUGUCCGUCUGAUUGUCGAGGCUAAAGAAGAGGAGAGGCUCCACCACCUGAAGCUUUCACUUGAAAAUUGUUACCAUGGAUACAGCAGAGUUCCGGCGCAGGGGGAAGGAGAUGGUGGACUAUGUGGCCGACUACCUGGACAACGUGGAGCAGCGACCGGUCUACCCAGAUGUGGAACCAGGGUACCUCCGUUCUCUGAUCCCCGCUGAGGCCCCUCUGGAGCCUGAGAAAUAUGAUGAUAUAAUGACAGACGUGGAGAGGGUCAUAAUGCCAGGGGUCACUCACUGGCACAGCCCAUACUUCUAUGCCUACUUUCCAGCUGCUUCCUCUUACCCUGCCAUGUUGGCUGACAUGCUGUCUACAGCUAUUGGAUGCAUUGGAUUUUCCUGGGCUGCCAGCCCAGCGUGUACAGAGCUGGAGACAGUGAUGUUGGAUUGGCUGGGCAAGAUGCUGAACCUGCCUGAGGAUUUUAUCGCUGGGACAGAAGGCCAAGGAGGAGGAGUCAUCCAGGGCACAGCCAGUGAGGCCACCCUGGUGUCCAUGCUCGCCGCCCGCUGUAAAGCAGUCCGCCGCAUUCAGGUCUCCAACCCUGAGAAAUCAGAGGCUGAUAUCCUCUCUAAACUGGUGGCUUACACUUCAGAGCAGGCUCAUUCUUCAGUGGAGCGUGCUUCUCUGAUUGCUGGAGUGAUGAUGAAGAAGGUUCCUGCAGACAACAACUAUGGUGUAGAAGGAGCCAUGCUUAAGAGGAUGCUGGAGCAGGACAAAGCAGAUGGACUCAUCCCUUUCUAUUUCUGUGCGACCCUUGGCACCACGCCAUCAUGUGCUUUUGAUCACACCACCGAGCUGGGGCCAAUAUGUAAUGAAGAACAGAUGUGGAUGCACAUUGAUGCAGCAUAUGCAGGGAGUGCAUUCAUCUGUCCUGAAUUUAGGCCUCUGUUGAAUGGCAUUGAGGAUGAGAGUGCAGCCCUGCUGGAGGGCUGGUUGCUAGGAUAUGACUGAUGGGCGAGCAGGAAACCAGCCCCC